AUGUCCGGCCGGAAGGACUUUCUGUCGCAGCAAGCGCCGGAAAACUACGUCGCCGGUCUGGGGCGUGGUGCAACGGGCUUCACCACCAGAUCAGAUCUCGGGCCUGCAAGAGAAGGACCUAGCGAAGAACAAAUCAAAGAAGCGCUUGCCAAGCGUGCUGCCGCCCUUGGGAAUGCCCCUCCCACUGCCUACGGUGUGGGCAAGAAAAAGGCCGACGACGAGCCUGAAGAGGAUCAGUUUGUCGAUGCCGAGAACGAGGAGGGCUUGUUUGCGACUGGCAACUACGACCGCGAUGAUGAUGAGGCCGACAGGAUAUACCAAGCUGUCGACGAGCGUAUGGACCGGAGAAGAAAAGCUCGAAGGGAAGCACGAGAACGCGAAGAGCGCGAAGACUACGAACGCAAGAACCCCAAGAUCCAGCAACAAUUCGCCGAUCUCAAACGUGCCCUCGGAACCGUGACCGAUGAAGACUGGGCCAACAUACCCGAAGUCGGAGAUUUGACGGGCAAGAAUCGCCGCACGAAACAAGCCGCGCAGGCCCAACGCAGAUUCUAUGCGGUGCCCGACAGUGUGCUUGCGGGUGCAAGAGACAGUACGCAGCUGAAUACGGAGAUACAAGAGGAUGGCAUGGCCACCGAUGCGCCGAAUGGUAGCGCGAACGAGCAAGCGAACGGCACCAUUACCAACUUUGCCGACAUCGGUGCGGCGAGAGACAAGGUGUUGAAAGUGCGGCUCGAUCAAGCAGCGCAAUCGCAGGCCGCUUCUGCCUCGGACUCCGUAGCAGGGACAUCUACCAGCAUCGAUCCCAAAGGAUACCUCACUUCUCUCACAAAGACCGAAAUCAAAGCCGGCGAAUACAACGUCGGUGACAUCAAACGAGCAAGAAUCUUGCUGGAGUCGGUCAUCAAGACAAAUCCCAGACACGGGCCGGGCUGGAUCGCUGCCGCCCGUUUGGAGGAGCUGGCGGGCAAGAUUGUGGCAGCACGGAAUGUCAUGAGACGGGGCACAGAGAUGUGUCCGAAGAAUGAAGAUGUGUGGCUGGAGAGCAUACGCCUGAAUGACAACCAAAACGCCCGCAUCAUUGCCGCCCAGGCAAUUGAGAACAACGAUCGCUCCGUGCGUCUAUGGAUCGAAGCCAUGAAACUUGAGACCAUCCCGGCCUCGAGGAAGAGAGUUCUGCGAAAAGCCUUGGACCACAUUCCGCAGUCCGUCGCGAUAUGGAAGGAAGCCGUUAACCUCGAAGAGAACCCCGACGAUGCACGUCUGCUCCUCGCAAAAGCAACCGAGAUUAUCCCCCUCUCCGUGGAACUCUGGCUCGCAUUGGCUCGUUUGGAGACCCCGGAACAAGCUCAAGUCGUCCUCAAUAAAGCACGCAAGGCUGUGCCUGCUAGCUUCGAAAUCUGGAUAGCUGCAGCUCGGUUACAAGAACAGAUCGGCCAAACGAGCAUGGCCACCAAAGUCAUGGAACGCGCUGUCAAAGCGCUGGCACGAGAAUCCGCUAUGCUGAAGCGGGAAGACUGGAUCACUCAAGCCGAAAUUUGUGAGGAGGAAGGCGCCCCGCUAACGUGUCAGGCCAUCAUUCAGAAUACUCUCGGCUGGGGGUUGGACGAAGAUGAUGAUCGGAAGCAGAUUUGGCUCGAUGAUGCAAAAGGCUGCAUUGGCCGUGGGCGUUACGAAACCGCUCGCGCCAUCUACGCGUAUGCGCUCAAAGUGUUCUAUAACCGGAGUAGUGUCUGGCUUGCAGCAGCAGAUCUGGAGCGGCAGCACGGGACCAAGACGGCACUGUGGGCACUCCUGGAAGAGUCCGUCAAGAGCUGCCCGAACAGCGAUGUCCUGUGGAUGCAGCUGGCGCGCGAGAAGUGGGAAGGCGGAGACCUCGACGAAGCGCGCAAGGUGCUAGGCCGCGCCUUUGAGCAGAACCAAGGUAACGAGGACAUCUGGCUCGCCGCAGUGAAACUCGAAGCCGACAAUGGCGAGAUCGACCAAGCCAGACAUCUCCUCUCCGCAGCGCGCGACUCCGCCGGCACCGAUCGUGUCUGGAUGAAAUCCGUCGCCUACGAGCGCCGCAUCAACGACAACGAGCGCGCCCUCGAGCUCGUCAACCACGCCCUACAAGUCUACCCCAAAACAGCGAAGCUGUGGAUGCAAAAGGGCCAGAUCUACGAAUCCAAGAACAUGCUCCCGCAAGCCAAAGAAGCCUACAACACCGGCACGCGCGCCUGCCCGCAAAGCGUCCCCCUCUGGCUGCUCGCCGCGCGCCUAGAAGAGAAAAUGGGCGUGCUCGUCAAAGCGCGCUCCAUCCUCGACCGCGCCCGCCUCGCCAUCCCCAAAACCCCCGAGCUCUGGACCGAAAGCGUGCGCCUCGAGCACCGCGCGAAAAACAUCCCCGCCGCAAACCAGAAGAUGGCGCAAGCGCUGCAAGAAUGCCCCACCUCCGGCCUGGUCUGGAGCGAGCGCAUCUGGCGCCUGGAAGCGCGCACCCAGCGCAAACCGCGCAUCCUCGAAGCCAUCCAGAAAGUGGAGAACGACCCGAUCCUCUUCGUCUCCGCCGCGCGCAUCUUCUGGGCGGAGCGCAAGUUGGAGAAAGCCGACACGUGGUUCCAGAAGGCCGCCGUGCUCGAUCCCGACUGGGGCGAUACGUGGGCUUGGUGGUACAAGUUUCUGCUACAGCAUGGCACGGCGGAGAAGCGAGGGGAGGUGGUGAGUAAGUGUGUGCUCAACGAGCCGAAGCAUGGCGAGGUGUGGCAGGCGGUGCGCAAGGCGCCGGAGAACGAGGGGUUGGGGGUUGAGGAGGUGUUGAAGAAGGUUGCGGCGCUGUUGAACGCUUGA